AUGUAUGGAGAUUUUAUAAUCGGAGGAAUUUUUGCAAUUCAUUACUACACGAGAUCAGAGCAGAACACCUACACCAGACAGCCACUCCAGCCACAGUGCUCUGGGAGUAUGGAUUUCAGGGAGCUGCGCUUCGCCCGUGCCAUGGAGUUCACCAUCCAGGAGAUCAACAACAGAACAGAUCUCCUGCCGGGAAUCACGUUAGGAUACCAGAUAUACGACUCGUGCUCUGCAGUGUCGAUGUCUGUUAAAGCUACAUUUCAGUUUGCAAACGGCAUGGAUCCAUUUUUUAAUGAGACUGAUUCCUGUUCAAAAUCUGCAGCUGCUGCUGUUCCUGCUCUCGUAGGAGAUUCUACUUCCACCACCUCAAUCAGCAUGGCCAGACAGCUGGGUCUUUUUGGAAUUCCACAGGUGAGCCACUACGCGACUUGCGCAUGUCUGAGUGAUAAGCGUCAGUAUCCUGCCUUCCUCAGGACCAUACCUAGUGACCACCACCAAGCGGCCGCACUGGCAAGAAUGGUGAAGCAUUUUGGCUGGACAUGGAUUGGGGCAGUGCGCAGCGACACAGACUAUGGAAAUUAUGGAAUGGCGUCAUUUCUAAAGGCCGCGCAGGAGGAGGGAAUCUGUGUGGAGUACUCCGAGUCCUACUACAGAACACAACCGCGCAGUAAACUGGAGAGAGUGGCGAACGUCAUCCGGAGAUCAACAGCCCGGGUAAUAGUAGCGUUUGUUAACUCGGGAGAUAUGAGGUUUCUGUUGGAGGAGCUGGCGAGACAGCCGCCGCCUCCCAUGCAGUGGAUCGGCAGCGAAACGUGGAUCACUGAUCCAGAUUUUCUGCGCUUUAACAUGUGCGCUGGGGCGAUAGGAUUUGGAGUUCCCCGCUCGGUGAUUCCAGGUCUUCGUGAGUUUCUUCUGGAUCUCUCUCCAGCACAAGCACUGAAAUCUCCUCUGCUAACGGAGUUUUGGGAGAGCUCGUUCAGCUGUAGCCUAAAAGGCUCCUCAGAGGGCGCGCGGGGAUGUAAUGGCAGUGAGGAUAUCCGCGCGCUGCAGAACCCGUAUACAGACACGUCGCAGCUGCGCAUCACUAACCUGGUGUAUAAAGCUACGUAUGCCAUAGCGCAUGCCAUCCACGGUGUUAUCUGUAAUGACACGCAGUGCGACAAGAGCGCUAAAUUCACACCAUGGCAGAUACUCAACCAGCUGAAAAGAGUGAACAUCACCACAAAGAAUGGCUAUCAGGUCUUAUUUGAUUCCAGUGGAGAUCCUGUGGCCGUCUACGAGCUCAUAAACUGGCAGGUUAAGAAAGAUGGUAGUUUGGAGUUUGUGACUGUGGGCCACUACGACUCAUCCAGACCAAGAGGCCAGGAGUUCAGUAUGAGCAGAGCUAUCAGCUGGAUGGGACAGCAGAGAGAGGUGCCAAGAUCUGUGUGCAGUGAGAGCUGUCCUCCAGGAACCAGGAAGGCUGUGCAGAAAGGAAGACCAGUCUGCUGCUAUGACUGUAUACCAUGUGCAGAAGGAGAGAUCAGUAACAGGACAGACUCUUUGGACUGUUUGCGCUGCCCUCCUGAAUUCUGGCCCAAUGUCCAGCGAGACAGCUGCCUCCCCAAGCCUGUGGAGUUUCUGUCCUGGGACGACACUCUGAGCGUCAUCCUAACAGCGUUCUCCAUCACUGGGGCCUUCAUAGCUGUGUGUGUUGCUGCUGUUUUCUACAAACACAAAACGUCUCCAAUUGUUCGAGCCAACAAUUCAGAGCUGAGCUUCCUGCUGCUCUUCUCACUGACUCUGUGUUUCCUCUGUUCUCUUACUUUCAUUGGUCGGCCCUCUGAGUGGUCCUGUAUGUUGCGUCACACAGCGUUUGGGAUCACCUUCGUCCUCUGCAUCUCCUGUGUUCUGGGGAAAACAAUAGUGGUGUUAAUGGCCUUCAGAGCUACACUUCCAGGCAGUAAUGCCAUGAAAUGGUUUGGGCCUCCACAGCAGAGACUCAGUGUUCUUGCUUUCACUUUUAUACAGGCACUCAUUUGUGUAAUUUGGUUAAAAAUAUCACCUCCUCUCCCCUUAAAAAAUCUAAAGCAUUACAAAGAAAGGAUCAUCCUGGAAUGUGGAUUAGGUUCAGCUAUAGGAUUCUGGGCUGUGCUGGGUUAUAUAGGGUUUCUGGCUCUUUUGUGUUUUAUUUUGGCUUUUCUAGCACGGAAGCUGCCUGAUAACUUUAAUGAAGCCAAGUUCAUCACAUUCAGCAUGCUCAUAUUCUGUGCAGUAUGGAUUACCUUUAUUCCAGCUUAUGUCAGCUCUCCUGGAAAGUUCACUGUAGCUGUGGAGAUAUUUGCUAUUCUGGCCUCAAGCUUUGGUUUGAUUAUUUGUAUUUUUGCUCCCAAGUGUUUUAUAAUUGUUUUUAGGCCAGAGCAGAAUACCAAGAAACACAUAAUGGGUAAAGUUCCAUCUAAAGCAUGCCCUGCAGGAUGUAAAGCUGAUCCGGUCAGCUGCAGGCUGUGGGCUCAGUCUCAUUUGUCUGGUCUUUCUAUGACUGGAGACUUUGUGAUUGGAGGGGUUUUCUCCAUUCAUAACUAUAUGAGAUCAGAGCAGAACACCUAUACUGGACAGCCACCGCAGGCACAGUGCUCUGGGAGUAUGGAUUUCAGGGAGCUGCGCUUCGCUCGUGCCAUGGAGUUCGCCAUUCACGAGAUCAACAACAGAACAGAUCUCCUGCCGGGAAUCACGUUAGGAUACCAGAUACGGGACUCCUGUGCUGCCGUUUCCAUGGCAAUCAAAGUGACGUUUCAAUUAGCGAACGGUGUGGAGUCAGUUUUCAACGACACUGAUUCCUGUUCAAAAUCCGCGUCCGCUGCUGUAUCUGCUGUCAUAGGAGAGUCUGGCUCCACACCUUCAAUUAGUAUGGCCAGAAUGCUGGGCCUCUUCAGAAUUCCUCUGGUGAGUCACUACGCAACCUGCGCGUGUCUGAGCGAUAAGCGUGAGUUUCCUGCCUUCUUAAGGACUAUACCAAGUGACCAGCACCAAGCGGCCGCACUGGCAAGAAUGGUCAAGUAUUUCGGCUGGACAUGGAUUGGGGCAGUGCGCAGCGACUCAGACUAUGGAAAUAAUGGAAUGGCUUCGUUUCUAAAGGCUGCGCAGGAGGAGGGAAUCUGUGUGGAGUACUCCGAGUCCUACUACAGAACACAACCGCGCAGUAAACUGGAGAGAGUGGCGAACGUCAUCCGGAGAUCAACAGCCCGGGUAAUAGUAGCGUUUCUCGCCACCGGCGACAUGAACAUCCUUUUGCAGGAGCUGGCGAGGCAGCCGCCGCCUCCACUUCAGUGGAUCGGCAGCGAAAAUUGGAUCUCCCAUUCUGAAUUUCUGCGCUUUAACAUGUGCGCUGGGGCGAUAGGAUUUGGGGUUCCCCGCUCGGUGAUUCCAGGUCUUCGUGAGUUUCUUCUGGAUCUCUCUCCAGCACAAGCACUGAAAUCUCCUCUGCUAACGGAGUUUUGGGAGAGCUCGUUCAGCUGUAGCCUAAUAGGCUCCUCAGAGGGUGCGCGGGAAUGUGAUGGCAGUGAGGAUAUCCGCGCGCUGCAGAACCCGUAUACAGACACGUCGCAGCUGCGCAUCACUAACAUGGUGUAUAAAGCUACGUAUGCCAUAGCGCAUGCCAUCCACGGUGUCACAACUGAACUAUAUUCUUUUUAUAGAGAGAAACUCACAAAACUGUAUUUCACUCUCAUGAAAUUUUCUUUACUGCAGAUACUCGACCAGCUCAAGAGAGUGAAGUUCACUACCAAGAAUAGUUUUCAGGUCUCAUUUGAUUCCAGUGGUGAUCCUGUGGCCGUUUAUGAGCUCAUAAACUGGCAGUUUCAGAAAGAUGGAGGUUUGGAUUUUGUGACAGUGGGCCGCUAUGACUCAUCCAAGCCUAGAGGCCAGGAGUUCAGUAUGAGCAGAGCCAUCAGUUGGGUGGGGGGGCAGACAGAGGUGCCAAGAUCUGUGUGCAGUGAGAGCUGUCCUCCAGGAACCAGGAAGGCUGUGCAGAAAGGAAAGCCAGUCUGCUGCUAUGACUGUAUACCAUGUGCAGAAGGAGAGAUCAGUAACAGGACAGACUCUUUGGAUUGUGUGCAAUGCCCUCCUGAGUUCUGGCCCAAUACAAAGCGAGAUAGCUGUCUUGCCAAACCUGUGGAGUUCCUGUCCUGGGAAGACACUCUGAGUAUCAUCCUGACAGCAUUCUCCAUCACUGGGGCCUUUGUGGCCGUGUCUGUGGCUGUGGUUUUCUACAAACAUAGAGAUUCUCCCAUCGUCCGAGCCAACAACUCAGAGCUGAGCUUCCUGCUGCUCUUCUCACUGACUCUGUGUUUCCUCUGUUCACUUACUUUCAUUGGUCAGCCCUCUGAGUGGUCCUGUAUGCUGCGUCACACAGCGUUUGGGAUCACCUUCGUCCUCUGCAUCUCCUGUGUUCUGGGGAAAACAAUAGUGGUGUUAAUGGCCUUCAGAGCUACACUUCCAGGCAGUAAUGCCAUGAAAUGGUUUGGGCCUCCACAGCAGAGACUCAGUGUUCUCACCUUCACUCUCAUACAGGUCCUUAUUUGUGUUAUUUGGUUGACAAUAUCUCCUCCUCUCCCCUUUAAAAAUUUUAAACACUACAAGGAAAGGAUCAUUUUAGAAUGUGGAUUAGGUUCAGCUAUAGGAUUCUGGGUUGCUUUGGGUUAUAUAGGAUUUCUGGCUCUUUUGUGUUUUGUUUUGGCUUUUCUAGCACGGAAGCUGCCUGAUAACUUUAAUGAAGCCAAGUUCAUCACAUUCAGCAUGCUCAUAUUCUGUGCAGUGUGGGUUACCUUUAUCCCAGCUUAUGUCAGCUCUCCUGGAAAGUUCACUGUAGCUGUAGAGAUAUUUGCUAUUCUGGCCUCAAGCUUUGGACUUGUUAUUUGUAUUUUUGCUCCCAAGUGUUUUAUAAUUGUUUUUAGGCCAGAGCAGAAUACCAAGAAACAUCUAAUGGGUAAAGUUCCCUCCAAGUCUCUUUGA